AUGUUCCUCAAAUCCGCAGUGAAGCCCGGAGCCGAGUGCUGGUUGGAGAGUUUUCUCCGCCCCGGUUCAUACCAUGACCACCCAGAGCCUGGCCCCGCGAGUCGUCGGCGCAAAUGUCAGACGAAGGAUGGCCGGCGCGCAUGUGUGCACUGCGAGGAGAGAGGCAUACCAUGUGUCCAAGGCCCGCCAGAAGGCGGCUACUAUGACCAGCGUGCUCAACAACGCAGCCAAGUAACGUCGCAAGCGCUGACCCCGGAAGGCGGAUCAACAAGUGCGUCGUCCCACCACCAUGGCGAUGGGUUCAGCCCCGAAGUUGUCGAGCCAGAGCCGCAGGCUACCUUGCCGGGCCUUGCCAUGCGUCUAGACCUCGUACGGCUCUACUUCGAUUACAUCCACGAUCAGUUCCACUCGCUGUUUCAUCGACCGAGCUUCAUCGAGGAUGCUUUGCAGGACCGCGUGCCCCAUAGCAUCCUGUUUGGCAUGUUCGCCCUGUCUGCAAGAUUCUCGACCGAUCCGUACUUUGCGGAUGUCGAUCCCCGCGACAGGGCCACAGGCUACCUUCGCGCCGCGGAGAAGCUGCUUGACCUUCGCGAUAUUUCUCUGACGACCAUCCAGCUCUGCGUUCUCAUCGGGUCCGGCGAGACUGCGGCGGGGCAGGCCGAGGUUGAGAACAUCUACUACGGUGUGGCCUGCCGCAUGGCCCAGCUGCUCGACCUCCCAAACAGGCCAGCCUCCAAUCUGCUGGAGAGCGAGAUCAACCUCAGGGUCUGGUGGUCACUGUCGAUGAUUGAUGUGUGGUCUUCUACGGCUGUGAAGCUCCCCAAGCUCUUGCCAAACAGGACAGACAUUUCCCUGCCCAUGGACGACCUAUCAUAUCUCGCUCUAUCACCAGAAGGACUCGCUAGUGCCAGGACGAGUGCCUUUAGCCACGGCUCUCAACUUCUGGCGCAGAUGAUCAAGGUCAAUAGGAUCCUGCUGGAAAUUAACAACUUCAACCAGCGAUGCGUCACCGAGAACCCGACCUGGGAGACUUUAAGCCACGGUGUCGACGUGCUGACGGCGCGGCUGGACGACUGGGUUGCUAAUCUACCGCCGAAUAUGCACGAUACGCCCGAGAACUUUGCCUGGUUCGCGUCGAGGGGCCUCGGACGAAUCUUUGCGGCGGUGUACCUCGGCUACUACCACUUCGGGCAGCUGCUGUACUACCAGUUCCUGCACGGCGCAGCCAUCGACGCGCCACUAUCACCAGAAGAUUCCAGGGGCACCAUGGCGACAGAGUCGCCAUCGGCGAUGCGGCGGCAAGAAUAUGCGCAGAGAACCAAGGAGCAUGCGGGCCGGUUGUGCGAAAUGGUGUAUCGGUCACAGGCAACCGCGGGGGCUGAUGUCCGCUACACGAUGACCUCGCACGUCUUGGUCAUUGCAUCCACGGUGCAGAUCCACACUCUUCUGUUCAGUGGCGAUGAAGAUGACAUCGGCGUGGCUCGAUCGAGGUUGGAACGGAACUUUGAGCUCUUGCUGCGACUACAGUGCUACUGGCCGACAGUCGAUCGCGCCAUCAGUCGUCUGAGGGCCUUCCAUGCGACGGCUCGUACAAGUGUGGAUUCGAGCUUCGUCUUGGAUCGGUGGAUGCUACGCUUCAUGGUUGAGUUUGCCGAGAGCAUGGAGGAGAAGGAGGCGGAAGCAUGGCGCGGUGGCAGCGAGGAGAUGGAGGCGCUCUGGAGCCGGCAAUAA